CUAGAAGUUUUGGUAUUUAGGUUAGGGGGUUUUUGGGGCAGCCGCAGCUUGAGGAUGCACUUAUAGGCAUGGACUUGGUGAUCAUCCCUGCUGGUGUUCCCCGCAAACCUGGAAUGACAAGAGACGAUCUAUUCAAUAUAAAUGCUGGAAUUGUUAAAACGUUGUGUGAAGCAAUUGCAAAGUGCUGUCCUAAAGCCAUUGCCAACUUCAUAAGCAAUCCAGUUAACUCCACGGUCCCAAUUGCAGCCGAAGUUUUCAAAAGUGCUGGUACUUAUGAUCCCAAGAGACUUUUGGGAGUCACUAUGCUUAAUGUUGUUAGAGCCAAUACGUUUGUGGCAGAAGUUCUAGGUGUUGAUCCAAGGGAUGUGGAUGUCCCAGUUGUUGGAGGACAUGCUGGAAUCACAAUUUUACCUCUUCUUUCUCAGAUUAAACCUCCUUGCUCUUUCACCCCAAAAGAAAUUGAGUACCUGACUGAUCGCAUACAAAAUGGUGGAACUGAAGUUGUUGAGGCCAAAGCUGGAGCUGGUUCUGCAACACUAACAAUGGCAUAUGCUGCUGUUAAAUUUGCAGAUGCAUGCCUUCAUGCCCUGAGAGGAGAUGCUGGCAUCAUUGAAUGUGCAUAUGUUGCUUCACAGGUGGCUGAACUCCCGUUCUUUGCAUCAAAAGUACGGCUUGGCCGAGGUGGGGUUGAGGAAAUUCUUCCUCUUGGUCCCCUGAAUGAUAGUGAGAGGGAGAGUUUGGAAAAGGCCAAGAAAGAGUUAGCAGCAAGCAUUGAGAAGGGUAUUUCUUUCAUCAGAAAAUCAGUAGUUGAUGACAGUUCGUCCCGAAAAUAAAUGGUGAGAUUGUGUUGUGUCCAUUGCGAGAUCAUAGAUUUAGAAUUACUUAUGUGAUAUGUGUGAAUAUCAGUUUAGAACUAUGUAAUAAAGGAUAGUAUUCUAUGAUUCUGUCUAGAAACAUGUAAAUGUAAUAAUUGGAAUACCCACAAUUUACAUAUUAUAAUUGUCACAUUA